AUGUCAACAAUAGAUGAUCAACCAACUCCAGGACCCGAAAAUGUUCGCAUUCUUAUAUGGCAAAAAUCAAACGGUACCGUCGAUCUAUUAUCUAUUAUACGACAACUACCAUUUUGUCUUCAACAAUACCAAUAUGUGAAACAAAUUCCGCUAGAUCCUGCCUGGACAUAUCAGCCAUUAGCAGCAACUAGAAUAGCUUGGGUAAUGGAUGCAUCAAGUCGAACGUUUCCCGAUUUCAUCACACAAUCGCUACCGGAUCUAGUUAAACCACGCAAGACCUUGACCGAUCUUGAUCAAGAUGAAAAUCGAGGAGUAUUCUGGUUAAAGAUCAUACGUGAGCUUGCACCAAAAAUUGGCAUCUCAACUGAGAACUUGCACUUGAUUCAUCAGAUUCUCACUGCUCGUGCAAUUGCAAGCUUCUUAUCACGAUUGAGUGAUAAAUCGAUUACUUAUGAGAAACCACUUUAUGGAAACGCUUUGCCAUUUAUCGACAUAGAUGAACCCAUGGCCUGGUGCAUCUUUAUUGAUGAGAUGGGAAAUCAUGUUGAUGCUCGUACUGGCCAAAUAACAGAACAGUUGAAAAUUGUUACUGAUCCGUCAGAAAUCGAGAAAUGGUACUCUCAGAAUUUGGCAACUCGUGGUACUAUAGUUCGACCACGAUAUUUAACUAUGAUCGAACAUCCGUAUUUACCGAAUGGCGCUAUUGAACUAUACGGAGCGGCUGUUCGGAAGGAUGUUGAUGUUUUACGCAAUCAGCUAAAAGAGUUCAGUGGCAAUUCGUAUACAUCUGAUCAAAUUAACGCGCAUGUUCAAACUAUUCGUAAUAGACUUCAAGGAAUUCCACGUGUACUUUGGGGAUCUACAGAUUUAAUAACCGAGACAGUAGCUAAGGCUAAAGAAGCUUGUCAAAAUGCUUCUAUAUCAACAGAAAAAGUGACCAUAAAUGUUCUACGAUCAGUUGUUAUUGAUUACUUGAUGUCAAAUUACGAAUAG